UUUUUUAAUACUAUAUCUCAAAGUUAUACGUGUGCUAAAAUGUGUGAUAAUGUUUGUGUGUGGUGCUUAUAUAUCUUGUGUUUGAUACAUUUACUGGCCGUCACAAAGAACGGCGUCGAAGCUGGUGAACUGAAACGUCCGGCGACAGAAUUUAGCCGACACAGAAUAGUCCAGCCGACUGUUCAACAUGGCAGAACAAAAAGAGAGAUCUCAACUACAAAAGACACGAAUGGAGGACAUCAUAAUGACGUGACGGUGACCGUCCGUAUAGACGGCGAAGAUUAUGUACUCGACUUAAGACUGAACCAGGAUCUGGUUACCGAAGGACACGUCAUCCGGUACCAGACUGGAGGAAAGACUGUUAUUCAUAAGCCUAAAAAAGAGGAUCUCGAUCUAUGUCAGUAUUCUGGUACUGUACGCGGCAAACCUGACUCUUGGGUGGCAGUGUCCACCUGCCGUGGUAUUAGGGGUAUUAUCUACGAUGGACAGCAGAUGAAGUACAUCGAACCAGCACAGGGUCACGAUGUGCAAUCCAGUCAUUACAUAUAUGACCAUAGUGACUUAAAUGCAGUCAAUAAGUGUGGUUUUGGAGGGGUCACUAAUAACAUCCACUAUGAUCCUCUACUAUUGAAGAAGUACCAUGCGAAGAAGGAGAUGCAAAAGAGUAGGAUAACACGGUACAAAAGGGAUGUGACCGAUGACACAUUAGUCCGCGGUCCGUUUAAUCAGAACAAGAUGUCUCGAUACGUUGAACUGGCGCUCGUCUCUGAUUAUAACGAGUAUAUCGCGAAUGAUGCGAGUGUCGAGACAGUUCAUCAUCAGCUCAAGGACAUUGCAAACAUAAUUAAUGCGGUUUACUCUCCGUUGAACAUUUUUAUAGCUCUAGUGGGAGUGGAAGUAUGGAGCGAGAGGGACGAAAUUGAAUUGGUUGAAAACGGAGACACAACGCUCAACAACUUUCUUGACUACAGAAGACAUGUUCUAUUGCGGCAUAUACCGAACGACAAUGCACAUUUGAUCACUCGUCAAAAAUUCACCGAAGGCGUAGUCGGUAAAGCGUUAAAAGGCCCGAUAUGUACAUAUGAGUUCUCUGGCGGUGUUGCCAAUAAUCACUCCGAGGUGAUAGGCCUUGUGGCAACCACGAUAGCUCACGAAAUGGGCCACAACUUCGGGAUGGAUCACGACGACGUGGACUGCGAGUGUCCGAAGGGCAAGUGCAUCAUGAGCCCCUCCAGCACGUCAAUGAUGCCGACACAUUGGUCGAACUGCAGUCUCAGCUCUUUGGCGCUUGCCUUUGAAAGAGGAAUGGAUUAUUGUCUGAGGAACAAGCCGCAGCGGUUGUUCGAGUCGCCGACUUGUGGCAACGGAUUCGUUGAGGCUGGUGAGCAGUGUGACUGCGGGUUGCGGCUGCCGGGGAUGCCGAUUAACGCUUGUGAGGCAUGCUGCCACGCCGACACCUGCAUGCUGCGGUCUAACGCCACCUGCGCGGCUGGCACCUGCUGCGAUUUACAGACGUGUCGACCCGCGCGUGCGGGAGUCCAGUGCAGAUCGGCAACUCGGGAGUGUGAUCUGCCCGAGUACUGCAGCGGGCACUCCGAGCACUGUCCGCCAGAUGUACACAAGAUGGACUCCACGCCCUGCGCAGGCGGACAAGCGUACUGUGUGCGUGGGUCGUGUCGCACGCACGACGACCAGUGUCGACUGCUGUGGGGUUCAACUGGAGAGAAUUCACCUCCUCAAUGCUACACUAAUAACAACGUCAAAGGAAACAAGACGGGCAACUGCGGCUUCGACCGGCGCACCAUGACCUUCACACGAUGCGCACUCGCCGAUACCGCGUGUGGGCUCUUGCAGUGCCGUCAUCUCAACGAACGCCUCGAAUUUGGCAUGGAAUCCGUUUCCCAGCUCGGCGCUGUUUUCAUCAAUAAUAAUGGAAAAAUCAUCCCAUGCCGUACUGCCAUCAUAGAUCUGGGAUUAAGCGAUGUCGACCCUGGCAUGGUCCCAGAUGGCGCGAAGUGCGGUGAAAAUAAGAUGUGUUUGAAACAAAAGUGCGUGGACGUGGAAUCGGUGAGGAAGAUGAUAGCACGUAAAGAAUCGUCUGUUAUUCCCUCCAACUGUUCUGGCCACGGUGUUUGUAAUUCUGAAGGUCACUGCCAUUGCGACGUAGGGUUCGGACCACCGCUGUGUGCUCUGCCCGGCCCGGGAGGCUCCUUCGAUUCCGGACCGGCCAGUGAUCCUAGUGUACAAAGAAACUUCAUGGUGGCUAUGUACAUCAUAUUCCUCGGCAUCAUACCAUCGAUCGUCAUCGUCCUGUUCCUCAUCCACUACUCGCGUCACAACGUUCUGCACUGGUGGAAGAAGCCAAGGAAAUCGAUGCAGUCCCCGAAAAAAUCGAGUCUACAACAGCGGAUCUCCCGCGGUGCUAGCAAAUUUGCAGCAAAUUUCCAAAACGGUGGUCAAAAUAAUGCUCAACCAGUCGUCCAUACUCUAUCCAAUCCUGAUGAUAUGAGCUCCAGUCUUCUACGGAAUGACUCUGACAGAAGUCCUACCGGGAAUCUUAACCCUACUGCUUUCUUCGGCAAUUUCAAAGGUUUCUCGCUUACACCUAUAGAGAAAAAUCAAGCGAAUGCUAAAGACAAUCCCGAGAUCGCUGUAAUAGAAAAGACUUCGGACCCGAAUAAAAGCGCUAAAAUUACCCCAGUUCACCGAAGCAGUAGUAAUAGUCAAAAUAUAGUGAAUCAGGGUGUGCUGAAGCCGGUGUUACGAUCGGCACCGCCUUUACCCGUAGUACCUGCAACGGUCAAACCUACCACCAAAACGAGUCCGUCAGUAAAGAGAACUAACAGUUCCGUCCAAAACAGAAUAAAAGUUUUAAUGGGUGAAAAGGAAGAAGAAAAACAAACGCCCUUGAAUCCGCCGCCCAGACCAGUUAUAUCCAGUCCUAUUUUAGAAGCAUCCACUUGUACUGCAAAAGAACUCAUAUCUCCUCUCCAAGGGUCAAAGACUCUAGGACCGAUAAGGGCGGCUCCAAAAGUUCCUAUUACCUCCCCCGAAUUACCCAAAAGACCUUUAAGCAUGCAUUCGGCCGGAGGCGUACCCCAGAAACCAUUACCAGAUGAGCCCAAAAAAGUCAAAGAGGGUAUAUCGCUUAACCGCAUCGCUUCGUUCUUAAAACAAGACAAACCAAAGGAAAAAGAGCGUAACCCUGUUGAGAGGAGCAAUUCGCUGCCGAAAAAUCCGAAUCACCAAGUGAAAUUUCCUAAAGCUGUAGAUAAGGCUGCUUUAAGAAAUCUUCAGAUAUCAAAUCCUAUAUUGCAAAAGGAUAUAGAGCUUCCCGUCAGUACGGUGCCAGUCGUGUCGGAUUCAGAGGACGCCGACGAUGCCAAGCCAUUCGUGAAUAGAGCUCAGAGCAUGCGAGCGCCAGCAACACAAAAGCCUCUUAUUCAGAGCUUUGGCUCAAUGAGACAAGCGGCUGGUGCUUCUCGUCCAGUGUCUAUAGUUGGCCGACCUACGGCACCUCCACCACCCCUACCCAAUGAAUCCCUCCAAUCAUACCAAAACUCGACGCAGAAUGAUAUCAAAAGCACGGAUUAUGUGGACUGUAUCGAGGAAAAACAAGCUCCAUUAGCACACAUAGAUGAAGAAUCUAGUGACAAUAUAUAUGCUAUUAUUGAGGAGAGUCCUGUGAAGUCUCCUGUAAAAUCGCCUUUGGGUGGUACAGUACAAGUAAAAUUAGAAUCACAAUCGCCCCCUGAAGGCUACACGGCACCUAAAAAUAUUCCCGCCACCUCGGGCAGUGCCGACAGUGUGGGAUUGUUAGGUGAAAUCGUAAACGAAAUACAAAAUAGAAAUUUCGAUUCUAUUUAUUCAGCGUCUACGCUUUCGAGAAAGAAAGGAAAGAAGGAACAGAAUGCUGAAAGCGGCCGAGAUAGUACGUACAUGAAUACAGACCACUAUAAAACACCGGAGAGUGUAUAUAGUAAUUCCGGUGCGAAAUCGAACGCGUCUACAACGAGUAGCGGAUACCUACAUCCGUCUGCUGUGAAUGUUCCGACUUAUCAACAAGAUGACACACGAAACGACGACACGAAAGAAAGCGAUAAGCCACCGUCUUCUCCUACAUUGAAAACUAACUCAAAGAUUCCCACAUUUACGAGACAAGUCACACCACCGGGUCUCAAAAAUACGAGUACCUUUAGAAACGUGCCACAGUCACCGAAAAUUACGAACAAAAAUGUGAAUUUAAAUCAGAAACACAUUACUAAUAGUCCGGACUUAGUGUCGAGCUGUUCAGUGGCAGAUGUGAAAAACGUAAAAGCACCUGAUGUUAUCAAUAACAACAAAGUUCCUAUCGAGCAUCCAAAAGUUGCUAUGAAGCCCAGCGGGACGACUAAAUCUAAUGAUAAUAGACCUCCUUUGCGACCAGCACCGACGGUCGAGAAAAAAACCUCUCUCAGGUCUGCACCCGCAAUAAAACCUACAACGAAUCUCAAUAAAGUUUUAAUUGAAAAAAAUCCGCCCAUAAAUCGUGUCAACUCGAAAGUGGAUUCAAACGUUAAGGCGAUAGCCGAUAAUUUAAACAAAAAUAAACCCAAAGUCGUGCCUAAGCCGACCACAGUCAGUUUGCAACGGACAGAUUCUGGCGUCAAAUCAAAUCCAACAAAGUUGAUAUCGAAACCUUCGAACGUUGCCAGUUUGCAGCAAAAAUUCGAAAAUAGAAAAUCGCUUGGUAAAGAGAUUACAACAGCGAAAAAAUAGGCUUUAAUUUAGAAUAAUUUGGUAUCAAUUAUUUUGAAAAUGUGUAUAUUACACAUGACUGAAGAUAUGCAAGUGUAGCUUCGAACGAAUUAAGUAAUGGCUUCGGUAUUUUUCUGACGAAUGUUGCAUUUUUGUGCUGUAAAGGUAAAAUCAGCUUUAAUAUGACAAAUAUCGUACAUUUUGUAUCAAGAGAUGAGUAAUUGUGAAAUAUUUAAUUGCAAUACCAUAGGGUAUUAUAAUAUAUGUUAUUUUCGGUAAU